UAGAUAAGGAAACGGAUUAAGCAACUUGACUGAGGUCAGCCAGAAAGAUCAGGGACACAAACACAGCUCUGACAGACUAUGUGCCAAGAAAAUUUUGCACUGAGCUACCAAGGUCCUAAGGAGUACUGGGACCCAGACGAGUUCCAAUCCCUUGGAGUGGCUGCUUCAAACUAGGAAGCACCACUCACAUAGUCAAGGGAACCAUGGAUCAUACAGCUGACCUGCCAAGGCAGGAGAGACCCAGCCUUCGUCUGGAAAAGCUACAGCACUGGGCAAGACACAGGCAAAGUGGACACCUAUUGGUGGUGGCGGUGAGCCAGCUAUGGCUGGCAAUAGCCAUGGUGCCCUUUACUAUCUCAGUUGCGUGCUUGAGCUCUGCUUGUCAUAUGGCCACAGCACUACCACUUUGGCCUGGAGCCUCGGGUUUCCUCACUGGGAUUAUCACCCUUGAGCUUCGGAGAGCACCUUGCAUCUGGAAGGUGCGGGCCAUGAUGAUAUCCAACACUUUCAACCUGAUCUUGGGCUUCAUCGUGGUGGUGAUCGAGGUGAUGAAGACAGCACUGGGGCCUGCUCCUACUGCCCCCUCCCAGGUACUGGUGAAGGCGAAGAAAGGUACAGGGGAGAAGAAAGGGCAGAAGGAAAUAGGGAUUGUACCCCCCAAAAGCAUCCUCACCCUGCUCCUGCAGUUGACAGGGUUGCUGGUGCUAGAGCUCAGCGCUGAGGCCUUCGCCCUAGGAGGAGUGCUGGUCUCAGCAUAUGCCUUAUUCUUGCUGAGCCAGAGGAAGCCAGGAUGCUUCACAAGGUCAAGUCUGCACUACCAGGAGCUACAGGAGGGUCUCACUGAGGUGGAGGAGGUUUCUGGUUUGGAGAGUAGUCCCGUGGUGGCUAGCACAGGAAACAACAGAUGAGUGAGUGGUCAAGACAGGUGCCACUGUCCUCCUACGCCAAGGGGGGCAUUCUCCAGACACUUCUGCGUUGUGCCCCUCCCUCGGAAUAUAACUGAACUCCCCCAAGAUGUGCAUGAAGCCCGGAGGAGUGCCCUCAGUCUCCCUUCAAACCAGGCCCUUAUUGUCAAGCUGCUUCCUCCCUUGCAUUCUUGGCCUUCUUCCUCCCUGCCUCUCCAUCCAGCUUCACAUCUGCCUCAUCUCACUGUUUUCGUCUGUUCACC